GUCAGCAGGACACAUCAGCAUGGUUGUUCUGUUUUGUUUGUUUUCUUGAGAUUGCUCUUUCUAGGGAAGUGAACUGACAGGUGUCCGCUCCGGUGGUAUCUCUACCUGGAAAGAGAAAAGCAGAACUAGGGAGCAGAUGCACACUGUUGUCAGACAUCUGCAACCUGACUUAUGAUAGGCUGGGCAAAUUCAUCCCACCCCAGGGUGCUGAGGCACUUGGCUCUAAAUGUCAGAUGACUGGUAAUUGGGUCGUUCUGAUUCCUGUCCUGUGUGCUGCAGAUGUCUGCACUUCGAGGCUGCACAGUCGUGACAGAGAGAUGACUUGAGGGGGACGGCGUUUAUCUCCACAACAAUGUCCAUGAACAGUUCCAAGCAGCCGGUGUCCUCUGCAGCUGGACUCAUCGCAAACACGACUUGCCAGACGGAGAACCGGCUUUCAGUAUUCUUUUCAAUAAUCUUCAUGACGGUGGGGAUUUUAUCUAACAGCCUGGCCAUCGCCAUCCUCAUGAAGGCGUAUCAGAGAUUUAGACGGAAGUCGAAGGCUUCUUUCCUGCUCUUGGCUAGUGGCCUGGUGAUCACAGACUUCUUCGGCCACCUCAUCAACGGAGGGAUAGCUGUCUUCGUAUACGCUUCUGAUAAAGACUGGAUCCGCUUCGAUCAAUCGAACAUCCUGUGCAGUGUUUUCGGGAUCUCCAUGGUGUUCUCUGGCUUGUGCCCACUUUUCCUGGGCAGUACGAUGGCCAUUGAGAGGUGCAUCGGGGUCACCAACCCUCUAUUCCACUCUACAAAGAUCACGUCUAAGCAUGUGAAAAUGAUACUGAGCGGUGUGUGCAUGUUUGCUGUCUUCGUGGCCCUGUUGCCCAUCCUUGGACACCGAGAUUAUCAAAUCCAAGCAUCCAGAACUUGGUGCUUCUACAACACGGAGCACAUCGAAGACUGGGAAGACAGGUUCUAUCUCUUGUUCUUUUCUUCCCUGGGACUCUUAGCUCUCGGCAUCUCAUUCUCGUGCAACGCCGUCACGGGAGUCACACUUUUGAGAGUGAAGUUUAGAAGUCAGCAGCACAGGCAAGGCAGAUCUCACCACCUGGAGAUGGUCAUUCAGCUCCUGGCCAUAAUGUGUGUCUCCUGCGUCUGCUGGAGUCCCUUUCUGGUGACGAUGGCCAACAUUGCAAUCAAUGGAAAUAAUUCCCCGGUGACCUGUGAGACGACGCUCUUUGCUCUCCGAAUGGCAACCUGGAACCAGAUCUUAGACCCCUGGGUCUACAUUCUGCUACGGAAGGCUGUCCUUAGGAACCUGUAUAAGCUUGCCAGUCGCUGCUGUGGAGUGAACAUCAUCAGCUUGCACAUCUGGGAACUCAGCUCCAUCAAGAAUUCCUUAAAGGUUGCUGCUAUCUCUGAGUCACCGGCUGCAGAGAAGGAGAAUCAGCAAGCAUCUAGUGAGGCUGGACUGUAAGUCAAUGCACAGCUAGAAGAAAGUUAUGGGAACUUCCGAAACAUCUCACCUGACCAGACUCAGAGCAUAACUGGAACAUUGGACCUCUGUGUGUAGUUCGGGAGUACGCUGGUCAGACAAAGCUUCUGACUUAUGCUGGCUGCUGCAUGGUUGUGCAUUUUCAUUUAUGUCAACAGAAGAUUCAACAUGGUGGAGUUGAGUAGAGCACACAUUUGAGUUUAUCUGCGUGACUUAUGUAUUUGGAAUAAAUGAAUCUGUUGAGGCCCUGUGCCUUUCUUUGACCUAUUUUUCCAAGCACCUUAAUGCUACCUGCACCGUGACAUGGCCACUUGAGGAGCACUGAUUUGCAGACAAAGCUUAAAGUAACACAAGACUUUUUGUGUUUGUGUGUGCAGCUCUGCUCUGUUUACCAGCCCACGUGUCCUCAAUGUCUGCAUGACCAUGACAUCUGAGUCUCCUGGUGACUUUGAUGGCCACUAUGUAGGAGCUCAGCUUGACAUUGUGAGGCUGAUGAGGAUAAUCAUUCUUGUCACAACUCACAGGUGUGGUUGCUUGCAUUUGUUGUUGUGAAGGUCAAUUAUUUUUUUCCACGUUGGCUGUCCUCCUAUAAAGUCAUAGGUUUUCAGUGUCUAAGUAAUCCCCCUUUCCUCUGAAAAUUGUAGAGGAAUACAGGCUUUAUCUUAGCACAGAUUCAGCUCACGAUAGCAUAUCAUAAGCCCUAUUAUGGAUGAUGCAAACAUUGAAAUCCCACUUACACAUGCCAAGAACAUGGCAGACAUUGCUUUACCUGAGCUAUCAUUUCUGUGUCAGAGAAUAAAAAACGAUCAAGACACA